AUGCAUCCAAACAUUGAGGCACAUGAUGGAAGCACACCUCGUGCUUCUAGACAAGCAUCACCGGAGCUAACACCACAAGACUCUGCAUCACAACUUGGAGGACCACCAUCCCCAACUCCAUCACUCCUCCCUGCCUACAUACCCCCUGCAUGGUCUUAUGACAGGCACCAGUACGAGCAUCUCGAAGAUGCUAUCAGGCAAUCUGCACUCGGCGAAGUACCUGAAUGGGUAAUCAUCGUCAUGAAGUCACUGGUCGAUAACGAGCUCAAGAAAAUGUACAAUGUACUCGGCGAUAAGAUGUACGAGCACAAAAGAAUUUUUGAGGCCUCAAUUGCAUCAGCUCAAACAGAGCGACGACUCAAGGAAGCAGUACUCAAGUCUGAGAAUGAGAAACUCUCAGACAGAAUAAAGGUCCAGGAUGCACACAUGAUCGUCCUUAAUGACGAAAUUACCAGUACCCAGGCAGCCAUGCUAGACAUGGGGAAGAAGAUGAUGGAACUAGGCAGCGAGAACACCAAGCUGCGUCAUGAGUUAGCUUCACUCAAAGCAAGCGAUGUCGCAAUGACGCAAGGCAAAGGAAGUCUGGAGGACUGGCUCCAACAACUCAGCAUCUGGAUGUGGUGGAAUAAGAUCAACGAUGACAAAUGCAAGAUUACCACAGCACUGCUGCACUUAGAAGGAGACUUCGUCGACAUUUUCAAGGUCAACUACAGGACCCUCGACCUGGACAAAGAUGCGCAACAGCACUUGAAGGAGAUCUGCACAAAGACCUACCCAACCAUGGUCUCCUUCGCAGAACAGUUCUGUCAAUGGACCACUAAGACCAACUUAGGGCACACUGCACUCAUCGGUUACAUCGCUGAACAUCAAAGCAAGGACGUACGCCAGGCAAUGGUAACUCGAGAUAGCCUAGGGAUCGCAGAUCCGAUCACAUGGCCAGAGUACCUCAACCUCUGUCUCCAACUCGAAUCCAAGUUCAGGGCCGACAAGGCAGGACAGCACGGAAUGGCAAUCAUAUCAUCAUUGACACCAAGAGCCCCAAAGGAUCCUAACGCAAUGGUUGUGGACCGAGUGUCUCAACUCACUAAGGAACAAGAAGGCUGGCUGGAGAGAAAACUCUGCGUACGUUGUGGAAAGCAUCCCUUCGUAUUCAAGCAGAAGUGCCCUGACCCCAAGUACAAAGGCAAACUAAAAAUGCCCAGACGGGGACAAGCAACAAGUAAAAUAUUGACACCAACAGCAUCAAGCAGUUCUGACGAUGGCAAGGCAAGGAAAGAAGCAGUCCGUGCCUUCCUCGCCAGCUAUGACGUGAAGGAAAAGGAUAAGGAGGCGGAACUGGAACCAACUGUCAAAGCAGCUAGGAUCACGGAGGUGAAAAGUGACGAGGACUUUCUUCGGCGGGUUCUCUGA